AUGCCUGCCGCCGGGGGCCGGGGCGAGCUCCGAACUGUCGCGGCCGUUCCUGGCGCGGCGGGCCCCACGCCCCGCGCACCAUUUCGGAUUGGAGCUCUGCCUCUGACGCCUCCUUUCGGUUUCCCUUUCCCUUGCUCCAGAUGAUUAUUUAAAGCCAUCUCCGUUGCGUUCAGAGGAGAGAGAGGGAGCAAAGGCGAAGCAGCCAACAACCAGAGGCGCCCGAGGCCGAGGGAGACGAAGCUCUUGAGAGAAUUGGGAGACAGAGAGAGAGGGGGAGGGAGGAGGACGAUGGAACAGGCGGCGGGCUCGCCUUCCUCCUCCAUGGCCCUGAGGCAGUGCAGGAUUUGCCAUGACGAGGAGGACGAGGGCCGCGCGGCCAUGGAGUCGCCCUGCGGGUGCUCCGGCUCCCUCAAGUACGCGCACAGGGGAUGCGUGCAGCGCUGGUGCGACGAGAAGGGGAGCACCCUCUGCGAGAUUUGCCUUCAGAAUUUCGAGCCUGGCUACACCGUUCCUCCCAAGAAAAACCAACCUGCCGAUGUCGCGGUCACCAUCAGAGAGAGCCUGGAGGUGCCCAGGAUGGACUACGAGCCGGACGAGGAGGAGGACGUCGACGCGGCGGUGGCCGGCGCCGGCGACCCGGAGUACGCCGAGUGCGCCCGCGCCGCCGGCAGGAGCGCGUCCUGGUGCCGCUCGGUGGCCGUGACGUUCACCGUCGUGCUGCUGCUGAGGCACCUGGUCACCGUGGCGACGGUCGGAGCGGCGAACCAGUUCGCCUUCAGCCUCCUCACGGUGUACUUGCUGCGGGCGAGUGGGAUCCUGCUGCCGUUCUACGUCGUCAUGAGGCUCAUCUCCGUGAUCCAGCAGGGUCAGCGGCAGUACCGCCUGCAGGUCCUCCAGGAGCAGAGGAGACACGCGUUGAGAUUGGCCCGGCUGCAGGGUCAGGAACAGCAGCAGCAUGUCAUCCUGGUUCGAUGAGGAAGAAGAGGGCAUUCAUCAAGUGUUCAUAUGUCUUGUACAAGGUUGUAAAAUGUACCGCUACAUUGUUCAGAGGGACUGGAAAGCAAGCAUUGUUUACAAGCUUCCAGUUCAUGUGCGUACAUCACUUGCUGUGAAAGCUGCAUCGACUUGAGAACUUGACGUCGUCGCAUGCCUAAAACCUGAAAAAAAAAUCCUGCUCAAAAGGUCGACAAAAGAAAAGAAAAAUUGGAUUACUGUUGAGUCCAUCCUCCCUCCUGUUCAUGAAUUAUGUACUGAUGUGAUGUGGUACUAGCACUGCAAUGUGAAUAAGAGCACGACAGUGAUCCUGCAUGGAUCCACCCAUCUGCAUUA